GUACAUACAUUACAUAUUCAUUGUAACAAUUUAAUUUUAUUUCUAGUUUACAAAAAAAAAUGGAAAUAUGGGUUUGCAGUUUGUUGGGUUUCUCCACGUGACCCCUAAAUUCUUGCAUGGCCUUUUGACAAAUUCUAGUCCUAGAUUGUUAUCGUCAUUCCACAUUAUUGGGUCAAUUGUUUGCUGUUUUUGGCUCUCUCUAUAGCAAGACAUUGUUCAUUUCAAACCAGGAUCUUGUUUGUCAAUUGGGUUUUCAAUUUGAUUUUGUUUUGUGUUGAUGAUUAGUGUGAGUGAUGUAAAAUGUGGUACAAGAGUAAAGGAUUUAGACUUCUGAGUCUGGUUUCAUGAGAGUGAGAGAGCUAUGGGAAGUGGAGCUGUAAAUAUUUUUGAGCUAUGUUGUUGUCCUUGUUGAGUAACCGCUCGUUGGAAGUUGAUUCCAGGGAUUCUUAUGGAUUUGCCUUGAGACCUCAGCACACACAACGAUACAGAGAGUAUGCUAAUAUUUACAAGGAGGAGGAAGGGGAAAGAUCGAAUAGAUGGAAGGACUUCCUUGAACAGCUGGCAAGCCAUUCUCAACCUUGCUCUUCAGAUAAAGAACAUAACGAGGCAUCACAGGCAAACUCGACUGAGACAAAAGUAGAAAUAAUCUCAGAGAGGCUUGGGAAAGGAGACGAUGCAAGUGACAGAAAAUUGAUUACUAAUGAUGAUACUUCAUCAGAAGGUGACCUCAAAAGUGAGGUGCAACUUUCAAAUGAAACUAAACCAAGGAAGGUUCACACAUGGGCUCAAAUUCGAUCAUCCCUUGGUGUUAUAGAAGAUAUUAUGGGCUCUCGUGUUAAGAAGAAGAAGAAGAAGGAUAUAAAAGAUGAACUAAUAAUUGUUGCAGGAGAAAAUGAACUUCAAUUUAUCGACAGGACAGGUUCUUUGAAAAAUUCAGACAAAAUUAAGGAAGACGUCUCUGUAAAUGAUGUCUUGAAUGACACUGUGAAUGCUACCAUUGUGGAGGUUGAAGAGAUCUAUGAGAAAGCAGAUACUGGGGAAGAAGGGAUUAGUGUUAAUGGGAUCCCUCCUGGUGACAGUUCUUUCAGUGAGGAAUUUGUUACAGCUGAUGGUGAUUCAGAGAAACCUGUGAAUGAUGGAGCUACGGCCAGUGUUGACUGUGAUAGGGCAGAAGAUGACAUUGGAACAGAAAAAAUUGCUGAGGGCUGGAAUCUUUUUGAUCCUAUAUUUCCCUGGAGAGAAGAACUGGAGUGCCUCGUCCAAGGAGGAGUGCCUAAGGAUCUCAGAGGAGAGGUAUGGCAAGCUUUUGUAGGUGUGAAGGCCCGUCGGGUGGAGAGAUACUACGAUGAUUUACUUGCUCAAGAAAGUAACACUGAUAAAGGCAAGGACAGUGAUGCCUUAUCUGCUGCAGCCAGCAAAUGGAAAAGGCAGAUUGAGAAGGACAUACCACGCACAUUUCCAGGUCAUCCUGCUUUGGAUGAGAAUGGUAGAAACUCGUUGAGGCGUUUGCUCUUAGCUUAUGCUCGACAUAAUCCAUCUGUUGGAUACUGCCAGGCGAUGAAUUUCUUUGCAGGGAUAUUACUACUCUUGAUGCCUGAGGAAAAUGCCUUCUGGACUUUUGUGGGUAUACUGGAUGACUACUUUGAGGGCUACUAUACCGAGGAAAUGAUAGAAUCUCAGGUGGACCAGCUUGUCUUUGAGGAGUUGAUGCGGGAAAGAUUUCCGAAAUUGGUUAAUCAUCUGGAUUACUUGGGAGUGCAGGUGGCAUGGAUCUCUGGACCUUGGUUUCUUUCUAUUUUCGUGAAUAUGAUUCCUUGGGAAAGUGUUCUCCGUGUAUGGGAUGUGCUUCUUUAUGAUGGAAAUCGUGUUAUGCUAUUUAGAACAGCACUUGCACUGAUGGAAUUAUAUGGUCAUGCAUUAAUUACAACAAAAGAUGCGGGAGAUGCUACUACUUUGUUGCAAUCCCUUGCAGGCUCGACAUUUGACAGCAGUCAGCUAGUUUUGACUGCUUGCAUGGGUUUUCUGGCUAUAACAGAAGCUAGGUUGGAAGAGUUGAGAGAAAAGCAUCGGCCAGCUGUAUUAUCAAUAGUUGAGGAAAGAUCAAGAAAAGGUCGGGUUUGGAAGGAUUCCAAAGGGCUGGCAACUAAACUUUACAGCUUUAAGCAUGAUCCUGCAUCACUGAUAGAGGAGAAAAAGACCAACAUAGGAGGUGAGACUGUAAAGGGAGAUAAAUCUCAUCUAGAGCCUCACUCUGCUAAUCUCAACAAUUUGCUUGAUAACAUAGCUGUAGAUCCAGAAGUGGAUUCUCUACCAGAUCUCCAAGAACAGGUGGUCUGGUUGAAGGUUGAGUUAUGCAGGUUGCUGGAGGAAAAAAGAUAUGCAGUACUCAGAGCAGAGGAGCUGGAGACAGCAUUUAUGGAGAUGGUCAAGCAUGAUAAUCGACGACAAUUGAGUGCAAGGGUUGAGCAAUUGGAGCAAGAAGUUGCCCUCCUACAUCAAGCCCUCUCUGAUAAGAAAGAACAAGAAGCUGCAAUGCUCAAGGUCUUGAUGCGGGUGGAACAAGAGCAAAAGGUAACCGAAGAUGCUCGAAUAAUUGCAGAGCGGGAUGCAGCUGCUCAGACAUAUGCAGUACAUGUGCUUCAGGAAAAAUAUGAAAAGGCUGUGGCUUCACUUGCUGAAAUGGAGAAAAGGGUUGUAAUGGCAGAAUCAUUGUUGGAGGCUACACUGCAAUACCAAACUGGCCAAGUUAAAGCACAUUGUUCUCCACGGUCUGUGGGAAAUCAAGCAACCACUCAGGAGAACACAAGAAGGGGUAUUUUGCCAUUUGCACUUGGUUGGCGCGACAGAAAUAAGGGCAAACCAUCUAAUGCCGAAGAGUCUAGCGAAACUAAAUCAACCAAUGGAGCAACAGAUGUGGUGGGCACUCCUCAGAAGAAUACAAGUGAACAAGAGAAGAAAACAAGUGAGCAAGGGCAGUAAUGCUGUCUUGUUGAAAGACAGAUUGUACUUGAUCUGGUUUAACACUUGCCCACUUUUUGUAUUGUAAAUGUGCAUACAACUGGCUUAGGAGCCGAUGAUAUGUAUCAAUUUAAAUUCAAAAGUCACCUUGUUUCUCCCAGGAUUUAAAAACUGAAAUUCAUUGUACAUUCAAUCAUUUUUCUUAUGUUUUUUUAAUAGAUAAUAAAGGUGCAGAGAUUUUGGUUAAGUAAA